ACAAGACGAGAGAUGUUCCAGGUCAACCUGACACUUCGAAUCAACUUCACAGCGCAGGAAAGACCUUUGGGGGCAACCAUGGGUCAAAACUACGAACGUGCGUUUUAACCGAUUCUGGUGGGUCGCAGCGUCCUCAGAGGUUCCGUGCUGGUCUGCUGUGCGUUUCCACAGUUUGCAGGGGGGUACUGCUGGCCUAAUGGGGGAGGAAGACUAGGCAGCAAAAACACGCCCUUGAACGUGCUAAAAAGUUAGCACCGCUGGGGGGCGCAGUGGGACCCCACUUCGGCAACGGUUACAAAGUCCUGGAGACAUGUGCCUGGGUAAAUGGGUGAGCGCCCCCUUUGGAGUUUAGCAAGAACCCUCCGUCCCUUCCGUUCUCUCGUGAGAUUGCUUUGCACCCUAUUAUUUUCGCCCCAGUCUGUGCAAUGAGAGAAAACGUGGCUUCCCCGACUCUUGCGAGAAAUGCACCUGUCCCAAGUUGCCUUGCACCCUUGGAACGGGUGGAGAAGGAAGGAAGAGCCCUCUGAACCCAUCCCACGUGCUUUUGCAACCACCCGGUCCGGGCACUGGAGGGUUAAAGUCGGCGAAGUGAUCCACAGCCGAGCGUGCACUAAGGCUCCGUACGGGCACAUCUCUCACUUCCCCAAAAGCCAUUGCUGCGUGUCCUUCCGCCAUAGGGUUCCAACACAAAAUAAGUGCUCGCUCCCUUCUUUUUCCAAUACACCCCACCGUCUCGAGGCAAAGGCAAGGGGCUGAAACCGGACCACGACCAAGAUACUCUCUUCCUGUUUCAAAGGGAGAAGGGACGUCGGGAGGGAAGAAACGGGAGGGGGACAAGUCCUUAACUCCCGGAUCCCACCCUCCCCUUGCACGGAAAGAGGAGGAGGGAGGGGGAGGUUAAGCAAACCCGGAGCUGGCCCAGCAGGACCUACUUUCCUCCCUGAAAAUGGCUGCCUCGGUGAACACUUUCUCUUCAAUUCCUUGAAGCCCUUCGUUGAGGGGGGGGGGAAGCAGAGGGUGGUAAAGACUAGGCAGCGAUGCUUCUUUGAACUCCCUCCUCUACUGGAGCUGAGGAUUAGGGUGCGAGGGGAGAAAUUAAAGAGACAGAGAGAGAGCGAAACAGGAAAAGAAAGAGAGGAGGCCUGGAACAGAAGGUAGGGAGGAGGCUGAAGGAGAGGGGGGGGACCAAGAAGACCCCUCCCCAGCCGAAACAGGGAGUAAAAAGGGUUGGUUGGUGCAGCCACUCUUAGGAAGGAGGCUGUCGAUGUCUAUGUUUAGCUCUCUUCGGACAGAUUCAGCGGAGUUGAUGAUGAUGAUGAUGAUUAUAAUAAUAAGCUGAAGCACCGGGUCGGUUUCAAUUGUGUGUUGUCGGGAAAGAAAAUUUACACGGAAGGAGGAAAAGUAUGUACGUUCCAUCAGGAGAGAAACUCUGAACGUUCUAUUUCCCCUCCUCCGUUCGCUCUUCCCCACCCCCACCCACCCCCUGGGAAGCCUCAGCGUUCCAUCCGGAGGGGUGCCACUCUCCAAGAGCCUUCAACGUUCCAUCCGGCCUCAGAGUGAGUGUUUGAAUCGUUCUGUUUGGGGCGACUCCUGCUAGGGCAGGGGACGCGGGAGGUGUAGGAGGGGGAGAAUCCGGAGGCAGAAAUAGGAAGGGAACGCGCAAGGCAGCAGAAGGCCUCCGUCGGAUGCGGCUGCCUGAAGAUCAAAGGCAAAACCGGAGCUCCCUUUGUGUGUCGUUCUAGGGAUCUUGCUGCUUCGCUUUUUUCUUUGGGUUUAUUUUGGAACCUUAAACUACCGUGGUGGAAGGAAGGAAAGCUCUCCCGUCCCCUGCUGUCAGAAGGGGGCUGGGCGAUCGUUUUUUUUCCCUGGGUGGAAAGCGAUAUUGGAUAUCUCCAACUCGGAUAUUGGAGUUAGCAUCCUUUCCAAACCUAUUUUUUGCUUGUUCUCCCCCUUUCGGGGUGACCGUAAAUAAAAAUCCUAUAUAUUCCUUUUUUAAAAAGAAAAGAAAAGAAGGGAACAAAUGCAAACCCUUCCUUUUUCUCCCUUCUCGAUUUUUUGGAUAAUGAUUUCUGCUAUAUCUUGCCGAUGGAUUUUGCCGGGUGAGGAUUUCUGGAUCGUCUUGUAGAAGAGAGGUAGGUCUCUUGGAGACAGGAUGGAUGAUCAGAAACCACCUGGUGAGGACAAAGAUUCUGACACACCAGCAGGAGAUGGAAUUGUAUCCUCAGAGGAGCAGGGCAGCGUUGAAGCUGAUCCCCUGAAGCCACCUGAAGAAGGCCCUGUGAAAGAGGCAUUGGAAGAAGUGGAAGCUAAAGCAGAACCACCUCCAACUUGCAGCUCCCCACCCAAACGCUGUGCAUUCUGUAACUGCAGCAAGUGGAGCUUGCAUGGGCAACGAGAGCUGUUGCGUUUUGAUCCUGCACCCGGCUGGGCAGAAGAUCUUUCUGACCCACCGGCUAGGAGACAGCCUGGCACACUAGAGGCUGGAAGUGACGACCUGACCCUGAUUGGCUUUGCAGAUGGUGUGUCAGCGCGAGAGGUGUUUGAGGCAACAGGGCACUUCUGGGCUCAUCACUGGUGCGUGGUGUGGUCAGCCGGCGUCUUGCGUGCAGAAGGGUCAUGGUUGAGUCUUGUGAACAAAGCCGUCAUCUCAGGGAUUGCACAGAAAUGUGAACACUGUAAGAGGCGGGGUGCUACCAUUCCGUGCCAUGCGGAGGGGUGCCAGCGCCAUUAUCACUUUCCCUGUGCAGCAGCUAGUGGCUGCUUCCAGUCCAUGAAGAGCCUGAAGCUCCUGUGUCCUGAGCAUCUGGACCAGGCUGUACAGAUGGAGGACUCGCGCUGCAUGGUGUGUGAUGCCCCAGGGGAGCUGCGUGACUUACUCUUCUGCACUAGCUGUGGUCUGCACUACCAUGGCACCUGCUUGGAGAUCACAGUAACACCACGCAAACGCUCGGGCUGGCAAUGUCACGAAUGCAAAGUUUGCCAAACCUGUAGGCUGUCUGGGGAGGACAGCAGGAUGUUAGUGUGUGAAGCUUGUGAGAAAUGCUACCACACCUACUGCUUGAAACCAGCCAUCGAGAGUCUCCCCACUGACUCCUGGAAAUGCAAAAGCUGCCGUGUCUGUUCUGAUUGUGGCUUCCGCCCAUCUGCACUGGAUUCCAGCAGCCAGUGGUAUGAGAACUACUCUCUGUGUGAAGGAUGUCAAGAGCAGCGUUGCAAGAAUGCAAACAGCAAUGAGACCGUACAGCACAGCAAGGAGCACGUUCCCCCAGCAGGCAGCAGCAUCCACACAACAGAAAAGCCAGCAUCCCUCAGACCACUGGAGGAAGUUUGUGUGGUCAACAAGGGGCAACCAGAAAGCAGUGGCAGCUCAGCCAUUUCACACCAAGAGCAGGUGCCAUUGGGGUGUGAUGAGAAACUGCCAGAAGCAGACAAAGCGUUGGAGUUGUCCAGUGUUAAUCUGGAAGGUCCUGCAGGGCAGGAGCAAAUGGAAGUGGAGACACCAUUAGAGCCUGAAAAGGCCCCCUCCCCACCACCCCCUCCCCCGGUACCACCAGAUCCAGUGUCUCCUGCCCACCCUGAGGAGUCCUCACUCAGUGCCAAAAAGCAUCCCACCUUUGAGUUGCUGCCCAUAGAGUCACAGCCCACAGAGAGCCAUUCUGAGUUGGCACCUGCCACCCAAGAAGCGGAGUCCUCCUCUCCAGCGAGCCCUCAGCCUGGCUUGCUCAAAGCUAGUUCCCCUGAAGCUGCAGAGGAAAGAGAGGCCAAUGAGGAGCCCAUGGACACCGGGGUUGAGGGUCCGGCACCAGACAGCCAUGUCAGCAACAGAGUCCAGCCCAGGCAAGAGGAGGAGGAAGAGGAGCUGGAGGAAGAAGAGGAAGAGGAGGCGGCAGCACCCAAGAUGGAGCUCGAGGAGAGAUUCUCUCCGCAGCUGAGUGAGGCAGAGGCUGUGGAUGAAGGGCCUGCCACGGUGGAGCCGGAGCCCACCGAGACGCUCAGCUUUGCCUGUGAAUCCAAGCGCUCUCCUUCACCUGUAGAGGCAGAAUUGCUAGGCACCACAUCCACCCCACUGGAGGCGUAUGGGACUGCCAAUCCACCGGAAGGAGGGGCAAGUGGGGAGGAGGAAGCCGGACCAGCGCCAGCCCCCUUGAGGCCCCACCACUUAGUGAAGUCGGACAUCGUGAAUGAGAUCUCGAACUUGAGCCAAGGCGAUGCUAGCGCCAGCAGCUUCCCGGGCUCAGAGCUCCAGUUUGCCUCCCCGUACCAUGAAGGCGGGGGCUCGCUUUCCCUGGAGAUAGCUGGCCUGACCUCCACAGAUGUCAGCCUGCAAAGGGAAGAUGGCGCCUCCUUGCCGUCAGGCGAGAUGGACGAUUCCUUGCUUUUUGAUGUAAAAGGCGAGUGUGAGAAGGGGCGGCGGCGCAACUCCCCAGCCCGUUCCCGCGUCAAACAGGGUCGCAGCAGCAGUUUUCCUGGGAGGAGACGGCCUCGGGGAGGGUCUCACACUGGCCGAGGGCGGGGCCGAUCACGGUUGAAAUCCACCACUUCUUCCAUCGAGACACUGGCGCUUGCUGAUAUUGACAGUUCCCUGAGCAAGGAUGAUGAUGAUGAUGACGAUGACACGAUGCAAAACACAGUGGUGCUCUUCUCCAACACGGACAAGUUUGUGCUCAUGCAGGACAUGUGUGUUGUUUGUGGUAGCUUUGGCCGUGGAGCAGAGGGCCACCUCCUGGCAUGUUCCCAGUGCUCCCAGUGUUACCAUCCAUACUGUGUCAACAGCAAGAUUACCAAGGUGAUGCUGCUAAAGGGCUGGCGCUGUGUGGAAUGCAUUGUGUGCGAGGUAUGUGGCAAAGCAUCCGACCCCUCCCGCCUGCUGCUGUGCGAUGACUGUGACAUCAGCUACCACACGUAUUGCCUGGACCCGCCUCUCAACACGGUGCCCAAGGGUGGCUGGAAAUGUAAAUGGUGCGUGUGCUGUGUGCAGUGCGGUGCGGUUUCACCUGGCUUCCACUGUGAAUGGCAGAACAAUUACACCCACUGUGCUCCCUGCGCCAGUCUCGUCACCUGCCCCAUCUGCCACGUGAAAUAUGUUGAGGAUGACCUCUUAAUCCAGUGCCAGCACUGUGAGCGGUGGAUGCAUGCUGUAUGCGACAACCUUUUCACGGAGGAAGAAGUAGAGCAGGCAGCAGACGAGGGAUUUGACUGUACCUCCUGUCAGCCCUAUGUGGUCAAGCCUGUUGUUGCAGUCCCCCCUCCAGAAAUUAUCCCGGUGAAGAUCAAGGAGCCAGAGCCCCAGUAUUUCCGCUUUGAAGGUGUGUGGCUUACGGAGACUGGCAUGGCAGUGCUGCGUAACUUGUCCUUGUCACCACUACACAAGCGCCGACCACGCAAGACGCCAACAACCCCGACAACGCCACGGCCGGGUGUGGUCAAUGGUGAAGGUGGGCUGGACGUGGUUGACCCUUUGUGUCCAGAUGAAAAAAAGGAUGGUGAUGUGGAGGCAGAUGAGAUCCUGAAAGCUGAAGUUAGUGUUGAGCACAUGGAAUGUGAAGUCAAGUUGGAAGCUCCUGCUACCCCAGAGAGGGAAGCUGCAGCCGAUGGAGAUUUGGGAAAGGGUCUGCUGGAAGACUCUGAGGAGGUCAAGAAGCGGAAGCGGAAGCCAUAUCGCCCAGGUAUUGGAGGGUUCAUGGUGCGACAGCGGAAAUCACACACACGCUUGAAAAAGGGUUCAACAGCGUUGGCAGAAGUCUAUCGCGAGGUGACAGGCUCUGAGGGGCACGCAGAGGAGGGGGCUCAACCCAACCAGCCUGCUGAAAUCCCUGCAGAGGUCAUUGCUGAGCAGGGAGCGACUGAGGGUGAUGAGAAGAAGAAGCGCCGGGGCCGGAAGAAGAGCAAACUAGAGGAUAUGUUCCCUGCCUACCUUCAGGAAGCCUUUUUUGGAAAGGCGCUCCUUGACCUCAGCAGAAAGGCUCUGCUAGCUGCCGGUGGUGUGGGUGGGGAUGGAACUGCUCACCCUCCUGUCGGCCAGGGGGCUCCCAGGCCUAAGAUGGAUUCUAACACACUCCAGAAGGGGCCUGUAGACGGGAAGGAGCCUUCGGUUCAGCCCAAAGGGGAUGAAUGCGUUGAUGGCAGGGAAGCAGCAAUUCCAGAAAACAACGUGAAAAUUGCUGAUGCCAAGACUGAGAAUACCGGCACAGAGGAACAGAUGGUGCCCAAGACCUCUCCAGACCCUACAGGUGCCGAGAACCCAGCCACACCCCCGGGGGAGGGGGUGCUCAGCUCCGACCUUGACAAAAUCCCCACUGAAGAGCUGCCCAAAAUGGAGAGCAAGGAUGUCCAGCAGCUCUUUAAAGAUGUCCUGGGGUCCGCUGAGCGAGAGCAGCAGCAGCAGCAGCUCAAUUGCAUUGGAGUGGAAGCCGAGGCUGGAGGCAUUCGGGACCCCAACCGCACGCAGCUUGCCCAAAGGCCAUUUCUGCAAGGUGGUGGUGUCUCCCUUGGGACUCUGCAGUCUGCUGUGCCCAUGGAAACUUACUCAGGGGUUUGCCAGUCUCCAUUUCUUGAUAGCAGGGAUAGGAGCGGCUUCCUCAGCCCUGAGCAGUGUGAGCCAGAGAGCCCUUGGGCCAGCAGCUCUGCAGCUUCCACACCCACCACGCCCACCACAGAGGGGGAAAGCGAUGGGUUGUCAUAUAACCAGCGGAGUCUGCAGCGCUGGGAGAAAGAUGAAGAACUGGGAGAGCUGUCCACCAUCUCUCCUGUGCUCUAUGCCAACAUGAACUUUCCCAACCUUAAGCAGGAUUACCCAGAUUGGUCUAGCCGUUGCAAGCAGAUCAUGAAGCUCUGGAGAAAGGUGCCAGCCCCAGACAAAGCCCCAUACUUACAAAAGGCCAAAGAUAACCGGGCAGCCCACCGCAUCAACAAGGUGCAGAAGCAAGCUGAGAGCCAGAUCAACAAGCAGACCAAAGCUGAUGUGCUACGGAGGCCAGAGCGCCCAGCCCUGCACUUGCGUAUCCCACCGCAACAAGGGGCACUGCCUGCUGCCACCCAGCCGCCACCACCACCACCUCCUCCUCCUCCUCCUCCUCCUCCUCCUGCUGCUGCCUCGAUGUCAGGGCAGUCCAUCUAUGUCAACAAUGCUGCAGCUCUGCCAAGCGGGUCGGGUGUUGAGUCGCCCAGUGAGCUCUUCCUCAAGCUUCCCUCUUCUGCCACUGGUGCCCAACCCUCAGCGCAAGUGCCUUUGCACGAGCCGUACAGCAUGGCAUCUGCCUGCCCCCCACCAGAUCCAGGUUUCCCCUCUCCUUCCUCGGUGGGUCAGAGCCCUACAGUGCCUGCUGGCUGUGACUCUUCAUCAUCCUCUUCUUCCUCUUCCUCCUCUGGACAGUCCCCGCUCCUGCCCACCCCUCGGCCAGCCCCACAGCCUGGGGAGUUCCAGCCCACCCCCCCUGGCACUCCAAGGCAUCAGCCCUCCACGCCAGACCCCUUCCUCAAGCCCCGCUGCCCCAGCGGAUCCUUGGAAAACUUGUCCGUGCCUGGAAGUCCCCAGCGAGCUGCACUUCUGCUUUCACCCCCACCGUUUGGGGAGCCGAAGAAAGUGCUGGAUAUCAAGAAGGAAGAGGUUGGACCAGGGAUCUGCUCUCCUAGUUACGGCUCCAGCUAUAGUGACUCGCCCUCCAGUGCUCACCACCCGGCCGAAAUGAAGGCUCUGGAUGUUUUUAAAGCCCCUCUGACCCCUCGACAGUCUCAGGUGGAGCCACAGAGUCCAGGCUUGGGGCACCGGCCCCCUGACUCUCACCCUCUGGCUGCUUCUCCCCCCAGCCAGGCUGAGCUCUACCGUCAAUCACCGUACCCGGAUCCCUAUGCUCAGCCUCCACUGACACCUAGGCCUCAGCCUCCACCUCCAGAAAUCUGCUGUUCUCUUCCUCCUCGCUCACUGCCCUCUGACCCUUUCUCACGCAUCCCUGCUAGCCCACAGUCCCAGUCUAGCUCCCAGUCACCCCUUACUCCACGGCCACUCUCCAACGAAGCCUUCUGCCAGUCCCCCGUCACCCCUCGCUUUCAGUCCCCUGACCCCUACUCACGGCCUCCUUCGCGGCCACAGUCCCGGGACCCGUUUGCCCCCCUGCACAAGCCCCCUCGGCCCCAGAUGCCGGAUGCUGGCUUCAAGCCAAUGCCUGUCCCCCACAACACUCUUGCUGUGGGGAACUUUGCAGCAGUGCCUCCCUCCUCCGAACCUCACUCUAAGCCCAGCCAGCAGUCCCAGUUUGCUCGCUCCCCUGGUGCUAGUGUCUUCCCAAAUGGUCAGCCCCAGAUGCGCUUCACCUUCCCUCCCAAUGAGCCGGUCAAGGGUUCCCCUUCCCAUGGGGUCAACAACCACUUUGCUCCUGGCAAGCCCCAAAGCACAAGCUAUGUUUCCUCGCCGGGGUUCCACCAAGCUGGGAGCCCCCUUGGGCCAGGCAAGAGCACCUCGGACUCCUAUACUGCCUCUCCACUGCGGCCUCCUUCGGUUCUGCCCCAGCAGGCGCAGCUGCCGCCUCCUCAGCAAGAUGGCGCCUUGUCCUACCUGCCGCGGACGGGCAUGGUGCCACCGGGCGACAAGAGGGAAGAGGGAGCAGUAGGAGCUCCAAUGAGGGAAUUGCAGGAAUUGCCAGCCAGCCAGGAGGGAGCAAUUGGCAGCAGUGCCACCCAGACAGAGAUGGAGAAACAGCGGCAGCGGCAGAGACUUCGUGAGUUGCUUAUCCGUCAGCAGAUCCAGAGGAACAACUUAAGGCAAGAGAAGGAGAGUGCAGCUGCUGCAGCCACCAACACCCAGGCAUCGUGGAACCCCGAGAGCAGCGGGCAGGGCUUUGAGCAGAUGAAUCGGAGCAUGACUCCUUAUCCAACAGCCCAGGACAAAGGAAUCUUUGGCAGCCUGGGUAGCACCCAAGGGGGGACGAAACUGCCCAGUGGAGUGAUGGUGCAGGCACCCUAUGUGCAGGAUGAGCGACUUACCCGGCCCCCUCCAGCAGCCACCCCUUCUACCAUGGAUAUCAAUGGAAGGCCUUCAGUGGCCACCGCACAGCCAUUUUAUCCCCGCGGUGUCUUCCAAGCCCCGUCUCCACAACAGCAGAUGUGGCAGCAGCAGCAAGCACUGUCCAUGCGUCUCCCUGUCCCUUCCCGCUUUCCCCAGGUGCCCACCCAAGACUUAAGCCGGCAAGCCCUGGGAGGCCUUGCCCCACGCCUGCCAGGCCCUGGCGAGCAGCUUCAGGCUUCAGCUGGCACACUGGGAGCCCAGUUCAUUGAACUACGGCACAACAUCCAGAAGGGGGUGCUUGGGAGUGGUGCAGGACCCACCUUUGUCCAGCAAAGCCCACAGGCUCGGCCCAGAUUCUUCUUGCCUGGAAAUGACAGCACCAACCAGGCUCUCAAAGCUUCUGUUACGCCCAUGCAGGCUCCUGUCCUGGGAAGCCAAGGCAUACAAACCCAGAAGAUACCAGUCCCCAUUUCAUCAUCUCCCCAGCAGGGAUCGGAGAUGAGCAACAGCCAUCACCCCCAUGCCAAGGCCGUGCCCCAGUUGAUUCUGCCCCCUGGCAACUUGGAGAUGCAACAUAUCCCACCCCGACCGCUCUCCUCAUCUGUCCCGAAAGAUGUAUCCAUCACCCCAACUACCAUUGACGCUGCCCCAGCUGCUGGCAAGAAUCAGUUAAGUUUGGCUGGUAGGCAGUUACCCUGUGAGGUGCCGGUGGAGCCAGAUUUAGAUGACGACUUUGAUUCCCACAAAGAUCUGGAGGAUGACGAUGACUUGGCCAACUUGAGUCUUGAUCCGGAUGUCGCCAAGGGUGAUGAUGACCUUGGCAACUUGGAUAACCUGGAAACCAAUGACCCACACCUUGAUGACCUGCUGAAUGGUGAUGAAUUUGACUUGUUGGCUUACACGGACCCAGAACUGGACACCGGGGACAAGAAAGACAUCUUCAACGAGCACUUGCGAUUAGUGGAAUCUGCAAAUGAGAAGGCCGAACGUGAGGAUCUGCUAAAGAAAGAGCCCUCUGCCAGACCCUACCUCAAGGAUGCUCCUUCUGCUGGUGUUGGCAAGCCAGGUGAGCCAAAGGCGGCAUCACUGCCCAGAGAUGAUAUGCCCAAAGCGAAAGAAGGGCUUGGCCUCCUCCAUGUUCCCUGCUCAUCCUCUGCUGCAGGGGUGCCAUCCUCCACCAUCCUGUCAACUUUGAAGGCCCACAGUGACAUGCUGGAUAGCAAAAUGGUUAGCCUACCAGCUGAUAUCAAGCCCAAGAUAGAGGAAGGCUGCCUGAAGUCCUCACCUUGCCAGUUCAACACCAGCACCUCAGAGAAGCUUCCUGUCAAGUCUGAAGGAGCUGAGAAAAUGGCCACCACUUUAGUAGUAAACAUCAAGCCCAACCAGAACCUCAUGGGCCCUGGUGGGGGACGGCUCAGCAUGACCCAAUUCCACAGCAACAGCCAUACUUCCAUCUCGGAUAAGGUCCUCUAUGGCACUCCAAGUCGCCCACCACUUGCUCCUGUCCAGAUGGCCAAUGCCAACAACUCCAUCCUGGAAAAGUUUGACCUGGAUGGAGGGCCCUUGAGCCUGGCUAAUGCUCAACACCACUCUCCAGCUGAUGAUCUGGACAAGAUGGAAAGCUCCCUGGUAGCCAGUGAGCUGCCUCUCCUGAUUGAAGAUCUGCUGGAGCAUGAGAAGAAGGAGCUGCAGAAGAAGCAGCAGAUGUCUGCCCAAAUGCCAGGGGGCUCCCAGCAGCACCUCCAGGCCCACACCAUGUUGGCUCACUCUGCUGCCCCUACCCAGCCUCAUGAGGGGCAGCUGGUGAGCCCCCAGCAACAGCUUCAGUUGGGCAUAGUGGCCAGGCAACAGGGUAUGGUAGCCAACCAGCAACUGAUGCAGCAGCAGCAACAGCGUCUGGCUGGUCCCCAGCAAAGCCAAGUACUAGCCCCACAUAUGGGAGUAACUCAGAACCAGGCUCAUAUGAUUGCCACCCAGCAUGGCAUCCAGGCAGCACACAGCCAACAGAACCAGCAGCAGGUCUUAGCCCAAAAGCCCAUGCCUGGGAUCCAGCAGCAGCAACAGCAACAGAUGAUGGGACUUAAGCCACAGCAAGUUGUGAUGCAGCCACAGCAGCAGCCACAGCAGCAGCCACAGCAGCAGCCGCAGCCACAGCCGCAGCCACAGCCGCAGCAACAGCCGCAGCAGCUGGCUAACAGCUUCUUCCCAGAUACAGAUCUAGAUAAAUUUGCUACUGAGGACAUCAUGGAUCCCAUUGCCAAGGCCAAGAUGGUGGCUCUGAAAGGUAUCAAAAAGGUCAUGGCACAGGGCACCAUUGGGGUGGCUCCUGGCAUGAAUAGACAACAAGUCUCCUUGCUGGCUCAGAGGUUGUCCGGAGCUUCAUCAUCAUCUGAAAUGCAGAACCACAUCCUGCCUGGCUCUGGAGGACAGGAACGGAGCAGCGACCCAGCGCAGGCUCGACCAAACCCACCCACUUUUGCACAAGGAGUCAUCAAUGAAGCUGAUCAGCGUCAGUACGAAGAGUGGCUUUUCCACACUCAGCAGCUCCUCCAGAUGCAGCUGAAGGUGCUGGAGGAGCAAAUAGGUGUGCACCGCAAGUCCCGCAAGGCCCUGUGUGCCAAGCAGAGAACAGCUAAAAAGGCUGGCCGUGAGUUCCCCGAGGCUGAUGCUGAGAAGCUCAAGCUGGUGACUGAGCAGCAAAGCAAGAUCCAGAAACAGCUGGAGCAGGUUCGGAAACAACAGAAGGAGCAUACCAGCCUCAUGGCUGAAUAUCGCAACAAGCAACAGCAGCAUCAGCAACAAACCUCCACUGUCUUGGCCCUCAGCCCCUCGCAAAGCCCCCGCCUCAUGGCCAAGCUCCCUGGCCAGCUUCUUUCUGCACACGGCCUCCAGCAGGGGCCCCAAGGCCUAGCAGGCCAGGCAAGUGGCUUGCGUCUGCCUCAAGCUGCCACCAUGGCUGUACAACAGAGCUUGUCGUUUAUGGGGCAGCAGCCGCAGCAGCCGCAGCAGCCGCAGCAGCCAUCAGGGGGUUCCGUUUCUAACAACUUCUUCUCCAGCAACCGUCUUUUGCAGGAGAGGCAGAUGCAGCAGCAAAGGCUGCAACUGGCCCAGAAACUACAGCAACAAAACCUCAUAGGACAAGUGUCAAUGCAACAGCAGCAGCAAAGCCUCAUGGGACAAAUAACAAUGCAGCAGCAGCAAAGCCUCAUGGGACAAGUCUCGGUGCAGCAUCAACAGCAAAGCCUCAUGGGACAGGUCUUGGUGCAGCAGCAACAAAGCACUAUAGGCCAGACUGGCUUGAUGGGCCAGCCCCCUCCUCCCCCACCCACGCCCCAACCAAGCCAGAACCUGCUCCCCAAGCAGCAAGGGCUGCUGAACAACCAGCCAGGAGUCACGGCCCAGCAGCCCUCUCCACAACAGCAGCAGCAGCAGCAAGCCAUGCUAGGACACUCCAUGCUGCAACAUCAGGGCGUGAUGGGUCAUCAGGCUUCACAGAGACAAAUUCUGUUGGCUCCACAGCAGCACCGGGCUCCGCAGCAGCUGGCGCAGCAGGCACAAGGCAUGAUGGGUCAUCGGCUUCUUUUGUCACCGCCGCCGCAGCAGCCAGGGCUCCUUGGGCAGCAGAGGACUUUGCUAAGUCAGCAGCAGCAAAACCCCAUAGCGCAGCAGCAGCAAGCCCUCCUAGGCCAGGGGCCAGCUGCUCAGCCAGGGCCCUUGGGCCAGGGGCAGGCCUCCCAGCCAGGAUUGUUGGGGCAGGCUGCUCAGCCAGGGGCUCUGGCCCAGGGGCAGAGCACAGCCGGCGAACCUAUCCAGCACUUUGCGCAGCACGGGCCUCUGAACCAGCCACUGCACUUGACUCAGGGAAUGCAGCCAGCGCCAUCACAGCAGGGCCUGGCUGCCAAGGAACAGCAAGGAAGGCCAGAAGGCACUGCCAUGCUGCUUCCAGAGGGGACAGAUGGUGUACUGCAGCAGCAGCAGCAGCAGCAACUUCGACCCCAUUUGGUGGGCCAGGAGAUGGGAGGGCAGCUGCAGAUGAGCACUCAAGAGCAGCAGGGGUUGGCCAGCCAUGGAGCCCCUCUUCAGGAUCAGCCAUCUCAACUCAUGCUCCAGCAGCAUGGGGAGCAGCAGAAACAGCCAGCUGACCUGGGCCAGGCACAGCACCUGCUCUUGGGUUCCCAGCAGCAAAAUGUGCUGGGCUCUGUUCAGCUACGGAUGCAGCAGCAGCAGCCGCAAAACAGUCUCCUGCAGCAGCCAUUGCGGGCUCAGCUGCCUAUGGAUGGUAUCCUGCAACAAGAGGUGUCAUCACAGCAGCAGCAGCAGCAUCAAGAUCCAACUCAGGGCCCCCACUUGCUCAACCAGCAGAUGGAGCAGCAAAGCCAAGUGCAAAGGAUUAUGGGCCAGAACCUGGAGCAGCCUUCCAAAGGCUUACCAGGCCAACACCACUUGCAGCAGCAGCGCCUUCAGAGCCCAGCUGGGCCCUCCAAAACAUCAGGGCUGAUGGUGCAGCAGCAGCAGCAAGGCAUGACAGUCCAGCAGUCAUCACCACAAGGCCAAAGCAUCCUGUCCAGCCCUCUAAUGGGCCAUAUCUGUGCCCAGCUUCAAGGUGUCAUCUCCAAAAAACCCCAGUUGCGGAACCUCACUCCCCAACAGCAGCAGCAACUGCAGACCCUGCUGAUGCAAAGGCACCAACAGAAUCUGCUACAUCAGAACCAAGUGUUGCGGCAAGCCAGCCCCUACCCAGGGCAGGCCCAGGUACCACCUGACCAAGGUCAGCAAGCUAUUCAACAUCUCUCCCUGCCGGGCACUAUGGGACAGCAGGCACAGAGGCAGCCGCCCCUUGCAGUGUUCCAAGUUCGUCCAGAGCAGGGUUUUUCUGCCUCCAUGGAGCAGCAGAAGGUGCCAGUGAGCCAGCAGGCAACUCCCAGUCCCCAACAGCAGAGGAUAUUAAGACUCCCUACCCCUCAAGCUCUCUCUGUCCCCUUGAGCAUCACUGGCACGGCAUAUACGCAGCCGCAGCAGCAGCAGCAGCAGCAGCAGCCUAGCCCUUCAGAACCAAAGAGACCGUCCCCUUUGCUUCUGGCUAAAAGCCCCGAGCAGCAGCUGACUCCCACUCAAAAACACCAGCUUGCUACUCCCAGUCCCCUGCUGCCCCUUGACCUAACACCUGCCCCUCCAAGUGCGGGAGAAACAGCUUCUGGAACCUGUGGCCUCAGACAGUCUGAGUGCCCCACCAAAGAGACCGUGGAGCCUGGCACCGUCAAUGGGCAGGUGGUGGGAUCUGUUUCUCCCCCAGCAGGAAGAGUCCUGCCACCACCAGGAGACCCUUCCCUUGUUUGCAUCAAGCAGGAACCCAAGGAAGAAGUGUCACAGUGCGCAUUGAUGAGCAGCGCCCAGCCUGUCAAGCACGAGGCGGACGGGCAUCCUGUGUCAACAGCUGCCACAGUUCCCGCUGCCAUGAACAGCCUCACCCGCACCGAAGCUGGCCACCUCUUGCUGCAGAAACUGUUGCGGGCUAAGAACGUAACGCUUGCGACGCAGCGUUCGGGUGACGUCAAUGGGCACGUGGAUAGCAAGCUUGCUGGGGUGGAGGGCCGGUUGCAGGCGGUAGAUAUGCGAGAGGACAUGCUCGCUGCAAAGAAGCCCCCUCCACCAAAGCCCAAGCGAUCUCAGAAAGCUGGAGAACGAGUUGCCAACUCUCGUAAGAAGCUGCGCAAAGAGGAUGGAGUGAAGUCCAAUGAGGCCCUAAUGAAACAGCUCAAGCAGGAACUCUCAUUGUUGCCUCUGAUGGAACCUGUCAUCACAGCAAAUUUCAACCUUUUCCCCCCCUUUGGGAGCAGCCCAGUCAAUGGCAAGAGCCAGCUGAAGGGCUCUUUUGGUAAUGCUGCCCUGGACAGCAUUCCAGACUACUACUCGCAGCUGCUUACCAAGAACAACCUGAGCAACCCACCAACGCCACCUUCUUCACUGCCGCCCACACCGCCUCCCUCUGUGCAGCAAAAGCUGGUGAAUGGGGUUAUGACUUCUGAGGAACUGUCGGAGCAGCUGAAGAAGCCAGCACUGCCUCAUGAGCCUGAAGCGCAAAAGGAUACUCCCCCUGUGGAAGUGAAAAGCUUAGACCUCCUGGCAGCUCUGCCCACCCCACCACACAACCAGACUGAGGAUGUCAGGAUGGAAAGCGAUGAGGAAAGCGACUCCCCCGAUAGCAUUGUCCCUGCAUCAUCCCCUGAGAGCGUCCUGAGUGAAGAGGUGCCACGCUUCCCGCUGCUGUCAGGAGCCAAGUCUGAGGUGGAAGAGCGCCCGCUCUCCCCUGUCAUACCAAUAAUCCCAAAGGCCAGCAUCCCAGCUUUUCCAGAGGCCAAGCCUUAUGGGGCUUUGGAGCAAGUGGGGAAGGGAGCAGCAGGGACCUCCUGGGGCAAAACCAAGGGCAGCGAGGUGUCUGUCAUGCUCACUGUGUCCGCUGCUGCUGCCAAGAACCUGAAUGGUGUCAUGGUGGCAGUGGCAGAGUUGCUGAGUAUGAAGAUACCCAGUUCUUAUGAAGUGCUGUUUCCAGACAGCCCCAUGCGGAGUGCUACCAGUGAACCCAGAAAAGGUGAAGCUGACACACAGGGCAAAGAGAAGCCAAUGGCUCCAAAGGGCCCUGAAGGCGGCCCAGAGUGGCUCAAGCAGUUUGAUGCAAUGUUGCCAGGCUAUAGUCUCAAGAAUGAGCUGGACAUCUUGACGUUGCUCAAACAGGAGAGUCCAGUUCCAGAAAAGAUUGCCCAGCAUUGCUACAUCAACAAUGUUGCCAAUCUGGAUGUGCGGCAGCUCUUGACACUUCCUGAAGAGCCAUCUCCGCCUCUCUCCCCAUUUGCACCCUCCCCACCUAGCCCCCCCAGGGUUCCAGAACCAGCCCUUGAUCCUGAAGCACCACCCCUACCUGCUCCAUCUCCGCCACCGCCCUCUCCCAAGGAGGAAGCUCCUCAGUCCCCACCUAAAGCCAAGCCACGUUCCCGACCCCUGGAAGAUGGCGAAGAAAACAAGCCACGGCUGAAAAAGUGGAAAGGGGUGCGCUGGAAACGGCUGCGCUUCCUCAUCACCAUUCAGAAGGGUGGUGCCAAGCGUGAUGGGGACAGAGAGAUUGCGGAGUUCAUUGAUCGCCUGGCUACCACCCUUCGGCCUGACAAAGUGCCACGGGACUUGCGAAAAUGCUGCUUUUGCCAUGAGGAAGGUGAUGGGGCCACAGAUGGGCCAGCACGCCUCCUAAACCUUGACCUGGACUUAUGGGUGCAUCUCAAUUGUGCCCUUUGGUCCACUGAGGUUUAUGAGACCCAGGGUGGAGCCCUCAUCAAUGUGGAAGUGGCCUUGCACCGGGGCCUGCUUACCAAAUGUUCACUUUGCCAGAAGACGGGUGCCACCAACAGCUGCAACCGCAUCCGCUGCCCCAACGUCUACCACUUUGCCUGUGCCAUCCGGGCCAAGUGCAUGUUCUUUAAGGACAAGACGAUGCUGUGCCCGCUGCACAAGCUCAAGGGCCCCUGCGACCAGGAGCUCAGCACCUUCACUGUCUUCCGGCGGGUCUACAUCGAGCGGGAUGAGGUCAAGCAGAUUGCCAGCAUCAUCCAACGCGGGGAGCGCCUCCACAUGUUCAGAGUGGGAGGCUUGGUCUUCCAUGCCAUAGGGCAGCUGCUGCCCCACCAGAUGGCGGACUUCCAUAGUGUCACAGCACUCUACCCUGUGGGCUAUGAGGCCACCCGUAUCUAUUGGAGCCUGCGGACCAACAACCGGCGCUGCUGCUACCGAUGCACCAUCUGUGAGAACAACGGCCGGCCAGAAUUUGUGGUGCAAGUGAUGGAGCAGGGUUUGGAGGACUUGGUCUUCACAGACUCCUCGCCACAGGCGGUGUGGAACCGAAUCAUCGAACCAGUGGCCAUGAUGCGCAAGGAAGCGGACAUGCUGCGGCUUUUCCCCGAGUAUCUAAAGGGCGAAGAACUCUUUGGUUUGACAGUGCAUGCUGUGCUGCGUAUUGCUGAGUCUCUGCCUGGUGUAGAGAGCUGCCAGAACUACCUGUUCCGCUAUGGGCGCCACCCACUCAUGGAGCUUCCACUCAUGAUCAAUCCCACUGGCUGUGCUCGGUCGGAGCCCAAAAUCCUCACACACUACAAACGGCCCCACACUCUGAACAGCACCAGCAUGUCCAAGGCCUACCAGAGCACAUUUACAGGUGAAACCAACACACCAUACAGCAAGCAGUUUGUGCAUUCCAAGUCCUCACAGUACCGCCGUCUCAAGACAGAAUGGAAGAACAAUGUGUAUCUGGCACGCUCCCGCAUCCAAGGGCUCGGGCUCUAUGCUGCCAAGGAUCUAGAGAAGCACACAAUGGUCAUUGAAUAUAUUGGCACUAUCAUCCGCAACGAGGUGGCUAACCGGCGUGAAAAGAUCUAUGAGGAGCAGAACCGAGGAAUCUACAUGUUUCGUAUCAACAAUGAGCAUGUUAUCGAUGCCACAUUAACAGGUGGCCCUGCCAGGUACAUCAAUCACUCCUGUGCACCCAACUGUGUGGCUGAGGUUGUGACUUUUGACAAGGAGGACAAGAUAAUAAUCAUCUCGAGUCGCCGAAUACCCAAGGGAGAGGAGCUGACUUACGACUACCAGUUUGAUUUUGAAGAUGAUCAGCACAAAAUCCCGUGCCAUUGUGGAGCCUGGAACUGCAGGAAAUGGAUGAACUAGCCCAAAGAGGCUCUUCAUACAAGACGGGGGACACCCUGACUGCUCGGCACAAAUGGAACAGGAGGCUCUGCGGAGAGAGGCCUGUUCUACCAGCUCUCCUAACCCUCCUGCGGGGGCAGAGAAAUCACCCAGGGAAAAAGCAUGUUUGGAAUCCACCAUCCCAACAUGCUGGUGGGGCAGUUGGGAUCCAUAGCAAGAGAGGGGUGAUGUCAGCAUAUCUGCCACUGCACACCGAUCUUGGUUAUGGUAGUAUUAUCAAGCUGUCUGGCUUUGGCUGUCAGGUCCAGCUGCCUCCUCUUCCAGGCAAGGCAACCUGCUUUUCCCCAGCAGAAGGCAACAGCCACUGGCAACCCCAUCCAGGGUGGGGAACUGACAAACUGGCAACUCAGGGUUUUCUUUUAGUUUUUUCUCUUUCUUUUGAGGCUGAAAUGGGGAACCCUUCCGCCCCCGUGCACCUGUAAAUAAUGGACUUCAGAAAUAUACUGGGAGGAGACUGGGGCAUUCUUUCUAGCAGAGCUGGGCGAAGGGGACUGCGGCAUGGCAAUUGGAUCCCCGGGGAUGAAUUUGUAAAAAAGAAUUCUGUGUGUGUAUGUGUUUGUGUGCGCUUAAGGAAUUUUUGUGUGCGAGAGAGUUUUUUUAAAAAAAACCCUAUCUAUUGCUUGCUAAUCUACCAAGGUAACAAGAGGCUUCAAAGAGACUCAUUAGCUUGACAAUCCACUUUCCAGAGCCUGCUGCCCCCAGCUCUGGAUUUUGUAUACAUUUAGAUGUUGGAUUUGAAAAGGGGGGAGUGGGUGUAUGUACAUAUGUGCUUUUUGGAAAAAGUACUUUUUUCUAGUGGAAAGCAGGUACUGGCUUGCAGAAGCUGGAAAUUCCCUUCCUCUGCCCUGCCCAUCUUCCAUGCGCGAGGAGCAUCCGCACUUGAACCUACCUCAUUUGAAGUGUUAGACUUCGCUAUUUUUGUUUUCUAAUGUGAGCCCCUCGCUGUGCCACCCUUCUGCUUUUUGAGCCCUCUUCCCCGAAUAUGGAGAGCUACAGCUACCCUGGCAGAUAUGGGAAUAGUUUCCAGGUGAAAUGGAAAGCAUCUGUUUCUGGAAUUCUCAUUUUCCUCUCUCUUCUUCCCACCCCACCCCUAAACCAAAAACAAUAUUUAGUGUCCUAACACCCUUCCAGACUGAAUUGAUAGAGUGAGCACCAUGGGCUUCCCAUCCACCAACUGAGAGGGGGCCGAUCAUACUGCAAGGCGUGAUGUGGUGGAUCUGAAUGUGCCAAUAUGUUAGAGAACAGAGUGCUCCUGGUCAUCAGAUGCCAAUUAUAGCAUGUCUCUCCUGUGGAGCCUAACCCAUUUUUGCCUAUUUGUAGAAGAGAGAUGGGGAGCAUAUGUUUGAUGAAUCGGCCAAUGGCUGGCUCUGCUGUUUGGAGGGUGGGGGAGAUUUGGCACCUGGCUAAGCCCAUCUCCUUUAAGUCCCAAUUCCCACUCCACCAUUUCCCAUUGUCAACUUGCUGCUCUGAAGGCUUGUGUGUGUGUGUGUGUGUGUGUGCGUGCGUGAGAGAGAGAGAUGUUGGCACAUUGCAGAGUUUGGGAUUAUUUAUCUAUUUAUAUAUAUUGUGUAUAUAUUUGAACUAGCAUGGGGAGGAAUGCUCUGGCUGCAGGGUUUUCUGAACUGCCGGGUGGAUUUCUACCAAACCCCUCCUCUUCCCCACCACUGGGCAGGAAGGGAACUAGCGGGAAAACUUGUUUGUUGACAAAACUUUGGGUGGGAAGGGGAGUGUGUAAAGAGCCCAUUUUUAUGCUUUCUGUGUGUGUAUAUAGAUAACUAUUUUUCUUUUCCUUUUUUAAAAAACCCCACCACCACCCGAAUCAAUUUAUAACCAGUAUCUUAAGAGCUAUCUGUCCAGCACCAUCAUCCCCCAUGUAGGGAGAUUCUUUAUUAAUAGAAGGCAAAAUGUGGGCAUUAUACAGGGGAGACGCACGCAACCCAAAAACACACACAGUCUCCCUGCUAUUGAAUGAGACUUUGGAAGACUGCUGUACCCUUGAAUCUAAGUUGGUAUGGGGGAGGGGUGAGAGUGGCAGGGUCUUUACUGAUAAGGCUCUCUUCAUUUAACUUUGUAUACUUGGGGCCUUUUAACGCACAAUAGCACCAUUUCCCCUCUUCCCGCCCCCUUUAAAACACACACACCUGUUAACAUGCCGGUAAGAGUGGCAUCAAGUGAUCUACCAGGCCACAGCUCAUACUCUCACUUGAUCAACAGUCAAGGCAGAGAGAAUGUGGCAGUAAGACUUAAUUUUCAUAGUGGGGCAAGGUGGGGCCUAAAAUCAGGGUUAGUGCGCAAGAGUUAUCUUUUUGAACUUGUUGGCAAGAUGAGAACCAUGUUCUUGAGUGAAAAAGCUGCUUCUGCAAACCGUUCAAAGCUAUGACGGUUAAAAACGGGGGGAUGACAAAUUAUUAAAAGAGUAAUUAAACUGUAAAUAAGGCAUUUGUGUAGAGAAGGAGGGAGGUUUUAUCAGUAACAAAACCACUGGACAUUGUUUUAAAAUAAAGGUUUGAGUUAAAGCCAGUAUACAUUUUUUUUUCUCUUUGGAUUUGUUUGUGUGUCUUUUCCAUUAAUUUGGAAGGCUGUAAAGAUGUAAAAAAAAUAAAUUUUAAAAAUUGCUACAAAGGUUUAAAAGCUUGAGAGAGAUUUUAAAAAAUGAUAAAGUGACUGAAUAUAAUAGAUUGUCAAGAUUUUUUUGGAUGACGGUUAGAGUUUAAGAUAAUCCUGUAGAUUUUAGCUGAUGAAGAAAGACUAUACAGUUUUUAAUUUUUAUAUAAACUAUAACCCGGUCUUGAAGCUAAAACUUUUUUAAAGUUCUCUGCCUGUAUAAUCGCAUUUGACGCCUUGUCCCAUACUUCUGUUUACAGUUGCACAUAUUAUAUAUAUUAAGUUUUAACCCUUUUAUGAACCCAAAAUAAUCACUUUUUUAAAAAAUAAAGUGUGGACUUUGUGAGGAAUUA